GCGGAAGCGCUUUCUCUCCCAGGGUGCAGUUCGCGAGGGGGUACCGAAGGCUCCCUCAGGAUUCUGUGAGGAGAAGGAGCGGCGCGGGCGGGCGGAGGCGGCGCCGUGGCGGCGGCGGCGGCGGCGUUUGGUGCUCGGUCCAAGAUGGCGGUGCAGGAGUCGGCCGCUCAGCUCUCGAUGACUCUGAAGGUGCAGGAGUACCCCACGCUCAAGGUGCCGUACGAAACGCUGAACAAACGUUUCCGAGCUGCUCAGAAAAACAUUGACCGAGAGACCAGCCACGUGACUAUGGUUGUAGCAGAGCUGGAGAAGACGCUGAGCAGCUGCCCAGCUGUGGAUUCUGUGGUUAGUCUCCUUGAUGGAGUAGUUGAAAAACUCAGUGUUCUGAAAAGAAAGGCAGUGGAAUCAAUCCAGGCUGAAGACGAGAGUGCAAAACUAUGCAAGCGCAGGAUUGAGCAUCUCAAGGAGCACAGCAGUGACCAACCAGCUGCUGCUAACAUGUGGAAGAAAAAACGCAUGGAUCGUAUGAUGGUGGAGCAUCUCUUGCGAUGUGGCUAUUACAAUACAGCUGUAAAGCUGGCCAGGCAAAGUGGUAUUGAGGAUCUGGUAAAUAUUGAGAUGUUCCUGACUGCCAAAGAAGUAGAAGAAUCCUUGGAAAGACAAGAAACAAUGACUUGCUUAGCUUGGUGUCAUGAUAACAAAUCUAGGCUCAGGAAGAUGAAGCAUUCCUCUAAGAGCUGUCUGGAGUUCAGCCUAAGGAUUCAGGAGUUCAUUGAACUUAUUCGACAGAACAAGAGACUGGAUGCUGUCAGACAUGCAAGGAAGCAUUUCAGCCAGGCUGAAGGAAAUCAACUGGACGAGGUACGACAGGUGAUGGGAAUGUUGGCCUUCCCUUCAGAUACUCAUAUCUCUCCUUACAAGGAUCUUCUGGACCCUGCCCGGUGGAGGAUGCUAAUCCAGCAGUUUAGAUAUGAUAACUACAGGCUGCAUCAGCUGGGGAACAACUCUGUCUUUACUAUAACACUCCAGGCCGGGCUUUCAGCUAUAAAAACACCACAAUGUUAUAAAGAGGAUGGCAGUUCCAAAAACCCUGACUGCCCUGUUUGUAGCAAAUCCCUAAAUAAGCUGGCUCAGCCUCUGCCAAUGGCACAUUGUGCCAACUCCCGACUAGUCUGCAAGAUUUCAGGAGAUGUGAUGAAUGAAAAUAAUCCUCCCAUGAUGCUUCCAAAUGGAUAUGUGUAUGGAUACAAUUCUUUGCUUUCUGUUCGUCAAGAUGAUAAAGUAGUUUGCCCAAGAACCAAAGAAGUCUUCAACUUCUCACAAGCUGAGAAGGUCUACAUUAUGUAAUUCCCUCGUACAUACAAUGAAGUGCCGCUGGAAUUU